UCAUGUUUUUAUAUAGUACAUCAAACACAUGCUGACACAAUAUAAACGCGUUGUCUAUUAUUCCAUUCCUUCAAAGAUUGAUUCCUUAUUCACACGAACAAACCACUUGCUCAACCUAAUUAUCCCAAUCACAUUACUACUUGUUACAUGUAAUCACAACUAGUAUUAUUAUCAUCUUCCUAGUCAAAACACCAUUUGAGAUUCCAGGAAAAGAUUCAAUCUUUAGGCCUAAUAUGAUUAUACAAGUGGAAAGAUUUGAUUUUGAGGGUGUUUUUAGAUAUGGGUGUUGGACAAGAUUGCAGAAAUCAUAACCUGGCUUUGCUAAAUCAUACAAAGCACAGAAAAAAGCAGCUGCUUUGGCCUAUUAGGUGGACAUUGGUUUGUGGGGUGUUGUUGUUUGUUGUUGGUUUGGUUUCAUUGUGCAUUGGUCAUGUGGUUUCUGAUCAGGAGUGGUACUCUCAUCGAUUUAUUAAGCGUAGUUGGUACUACAAAAUGGAUAGAGCUCAUGCACCGGUGGAUAUCUGGAAAUCUGAGUUUUCCAAGUUCUACUACGGAUGCAGUGAAAGAGGCCCUCGCUUUACUCCUGCUGUACGUGAGAGAUCAUCAAACGGAUAUUUGCUUAUUGCGGCAAGUGGAGGGCUGAACCAGCAACGAACUGGUAUUACUGAUGCGGUGGUGGUUUCAUGGAUUCUAAAUGCUACUCUGGUUGUGCCUGAGCUGGAUCAUAAUUCAUUCUGGAAGGAUGACAGCGACUUUGUCGACAUUUUUGACGUGGAUUGGUUCAUAUCUUCUCUUUCAAAGGAUGUCACUGUUGUCAAAAGGGUCCCAGAUAAAGUUAUGAGAUCUAUGCUAAAACCACCAUAUACUAUGCGGGUGCCAAGGAAAUCAGAGCCUAAUUAUUAUUUAGAUGAAGUUCUACCUAUACUAUUGAGAAGACGUGUUGUUCAGUUGACUAAGUUUGAUUAUAGGCUUGCUAAUGACCUUGAUGAAGAGCUGCAGAGGUUGCGCUGUCGGGUGAACUACCAUGCGUUGAGAUUCACAAUACCUGUAAGCGAUAUUGGUCAGCUGAUUAUACUGAGAAUGCGGAAAAUGGCUAGACGCUUCAUAUCAGUUCAUUUAAGGUUUGAACCAGAUAUGCUAGCUUUUUCUGGUUGUUACUUUGGCGGAGGUGAUAAAGAGAGAUACGAGCUUGGUGAAAUAAGGAAACGGUGGACAAAUUUACCUGAAACUACCCCUGAUAAGGAGCGAAAGCGAGGAAAAUGCCCCCUUACACCCCAUGAAGUGGGUUUAUUGCUACGAGCACUUGGUUAUAAUAAUAACUCUCUUGUCUAUGUUGCAUCUGGUGAGAUUUAUGGUGGAGAAGAGACUCUUCGACCCCUCAGAGAGCUAUUUCCAAAUUUUUAUACAAAAGAGAUGCUUGCUGGGGUGGAGUUGCAACCCUUUGUUUCUUUCUCUUCUCGUCUUGCUGCCAUUGACUACAUUGUUUGCGAAGACAGUGAUGUCUUCGUCACCAACAAUAACGGAAAUAUGGCAAAGAUACUUGCCGGUCGGAGGAGGUACAUGGGCCAUAAAAGAACCAUCAGACCCAAUGCGAAGAGGUUAAGUGCUAUAUUCAUGGCACGUGAUCAGAUGGGCUGGGAUACAUUUGCAGAAAAGGUGAAGUCAUGCCAACGAGGAUUUAUGGGAGAACCAGAAGAGAUGAGACCAGGAAGGGGGGAGUUUCAUGAGUAUCCUGCUUCCUGCAUUUGUAAGAAACCACUGAAGUACUCUGGAAACGGUUCCUUAGGAACAGUUCCCAUCGUAGAUGCAAGAGCUGAAUAUAGAAAAAUUCAUAACACAAGUACAAUGCUGAGAUUAAAUAACUCUGAAAUGCAAAAUGUGCCAGCACCUUCAACAGGUACCGAUGAUGUGGAUGAACUUUGGGGUGAUUAGGUUGGAGAAACUGAUAGUCCCCUUUCGGUCUGCAAGUUACUUUCACUAAUUUUUUUUCAAGACAUGGCAUGCAAGUUUGAUGCCCCGGCUUUUUUUUUGUCCACUAACUGUUGAAUUACAAAUUGUUCAUCAGUCUGUAUUCCAACCGAGCUCUAAAUGUUCAUAUGAAAAAUUUUCAUUUAUGGUCAUAUUAUGCUACUUGUCAUCAUCUGACAAGGUACAAUAUUAUACUGGAAUUGCAAUGGA